UCUCUCCCUCUCUAGACCAGCUGCGGAGGGCGACCACCGAAACCCCCUCCCGUCGGACGGACCGGAUCGAACCCACCUGGUUUCCUCCCCUCCUCGCCCGUGCCGUCGUGUCGCGUCGCCUCCACCACCAUCAUCAAGUCAUCAACCCACCGUCGGGCGGCACCUAGUUUCGCUCAACCUCCCGCAUAUAUCUCCCGCUCUCCUCUUGCCUCCUCCUCCAUCCCCAUCCACAUCCCCACCGGCUUGCUCCCUCUCUCUCUCUUGGGCGAUCAAGCGCGUUUCUUUGCUGCUGCUUCUUCGGCGGUCUUGUUGGCGAUGGGGGCCGGGAUGGUGGAGGUGGAGCUGGGGCCAGGGAUGGGGGCGGCCGAGUCCGUGCCGCCGGCCAAGAGGAGGCGGGUGGUGGCCCUAAAGACCGCGGCUUCGGCGGCGGGAAGGAGGCCGCGGCGCGCCAGGAGGCCGUCCGCCAUCCAGCGGCUCUUCCAGGCCUGCCGCGCCGUCUUCCGUGGCCCCGGCACCGUGCCCGCCCCCGCCGAGGUCGCCCUGCUCCGCGCCAUGCUCGACAGAAUGAGACCGGAGGACGUCGGCCUAAGCUCGGAAAUGGCCUUCUUCAGGAACAGGGACGCCGCAGCCGAAGGGACCCCGACGAUCACGCACACCACCAUAUACAAGUCUGAGAAAUUCUCCAUGGUUCUCUUCUUCUUGCCGACGAAUGCGGUCAUCCCCCUGCACAACCACCCCGGUAUGACGGUGUUCAACAAGCUGCUCAUCGGGUCGAUGCACGCAACGUCAUACGACUGGGCUGAUCCCGACGAUGAUCCGGCUAAUGAGAGCGGCGCUUCGUCGGCUGACGGUCAAUUGAGGCUGGCACAACUGGUCGUGGACGAUGUUUUCACGGCGCCGUGCGACACGUCGGUCCUGUUCCCGACGGCGGGAGGCAACAUGCACCGGUUCAGGGCCGUCGCGCCAUCCGCGUUCCUCGACAUCCUCGGCCCCCCUUACUCCAUCGAAGAGGACCGAGACUGCACGUACUACACGGACAUUCCAUACUCCCAGCAUCGCAUGACCGGCGGUGAGCUCGGCGGGGACGAGCAAGAAGGCCGGCGUCUCGCGUGGCUGAAAGAGGUGGAGAUGCCGAGGGAUCUGAAGAUGUGCAGCGUCCGGUACGGCGGCCCACCGAUCUCCGGCAGGUGAUCGAUGAUCCUUUCCUUCCAGCCCUUUUGCGACCGAUGAUGAGCUAUCAAGCGUCAACCCAACUCAAACCAGAUGGUGUCAGAAUCGUUGUUUACCUUGUGAAUACAGCAGCAAGCUAGUUAGUUGAGCCAUAAGAAUAGGUCUCAGUUUGUGCAUGAUGUCUCAAUCAGUUAUGGCAGUUUACCAUGUAAGAGUGCUUGCUUGCUUGCUUUUGCAGCAGCUGUGUACGUGGACCUUGACCAGGAGAUCCCUUUGUUGAUCUUUUUUCUCAAUACAUAGAAGAUCAUCCAUAGAUUUCA